CCGGAGGGCAGUUGCGCAGUGUUGUGCUUGCGUGGUGCACCCGAAGGCGAGUUAGAUGGCAGACGUGCUGCGUAGAUUGCCUCUGCUGGUGCUGAUCAUUGUCGUCUUCCUGUUUGUCGUCUUCCUCCACGUCUGUUUGUCGUGUCGGCCGUGGAACUUGAGGGCACACAACGAUGGUGUCGACGAGAAUGGCGGUAUUGGCGACGAUGGCGACGAUGGAUUCAGGGAGGACGUCGAAGCCGUUGACGACGACGGCGAUGCGCCUAUUCGGCCUUUGGGGAAGGUGGGUGGGAGGGGGAGAGGACGCGACAGAGGUGGUGGUCGAGAUCGAUCCGCAGGGCGUGGCAGCAGAGUAGCCGAUGGCGACGAUGGCGGGAAAUCAGCGGCGUAUUGGUCCACAGACGAUCAACUGCUCCUGGUGCGCUGCAAGCGGGAGCAGGACAUGCACCUUGCCGGCCUUGGGCACAACUACGGUCGGAUGCGAACGAAAGAAUGGAAGUGGGAGGACAUCGCGAAACGGAWGGCGAACGCGGGSUGUYCUAGAGAGGYYGAUGASUGCAUGAAGAAGUGGGACAAUCUAUUCCAGAACUACAAGAAGAUACAGAGGUUCCAGAAUGCCAGCGGCGAGGCAGAUUUCUUUAGGCUGUCAAAUGAAGAGAGGAAGGACCACAAUUUCAAGUUUCGGAUGGAGAGAGCGCUCUACAACGAGAUCCAUGGAGGCAUGCUUGGAAACCACACCAUUUUCCCUCCCAACAUCGCAGACACAGGUAAUUCGGACGGCGUGCAGCUGCCGAGACGAGGAGCGGGCGGCGGGGAGUCUGUCAAUAGUGAGGCGGCCGGUGAUGGGUGGGCGGAAGAACGUUCUUCGCCGAGGGAGUCCGACAACAAUGUAGGCAGCGGGGGCCCGAAGCAUGAAGCGGAAGAACACGCGACAGCAGGCGCUGGAGUCCAUCGUCGACGUCAUGGAUCGGCACGGCGCGCUGAUGUCCUCGACGAUGGAGUCCUUUAGCAAGCGACAAUGCAGCGUUUUGACGA